GUAUUGUCUUUGGAAGUUGAAACUUAGUACUUUACUUUUUUUUUCUUCUAAUUAUUAUUCCAAUUUUUUAUAGUUCUUUAAAGGAAGAAAAUAAAAAACAUCAGGGCUUUGUUUCCUGUUUUUCCACCCUCCCACUCUUAUCAACCUCUACUAUUUUUUUCUUUAUUUCAAUUAUUUCAAUUAUUUAUUUUUCCGAAUCAUGAGUCUCAUGAAUAUUGCGCAACCGGUGAAUUCCAAGGUCACCGGCGUGUCCUUCACCUUCUACGAGCCAGCCGAAGUGCGUCGGAUGUCUGUGAAGCAAGUGGUUAACCCGAUUCUUCUGGACUCCCUAGGCAACCCGACUAACGGUGGUCUGUAUGAUCCAGCCAUGGGCCCGUUUACAAAAAACCAUCUUUGCGGAACCUGUUCUCUGUCGUACUUUAACUGCCCCGGUCAUUUCGGCCAUAUCGAACUGCCCACUCCUGUGGUUAACCCGAUGAUGUUCGAUUCGCUGUAUAAGUUCCUCCAGGGUUGUUGUCCUUAUUGCCACAAAUUCGCCUUUAACCGAGUGACCGCUGCCCGGUUUAUCGCAAAGCUCAGGCUGCUCGAAUACGGCCUGGUCAAGGAGGCCACCGAUCUGGAUGAUCUGCUCCCCCGCACAAUAAAGUCAGGCAAUGAUGACGACGACAACAUCGAUGAUAUUAUCCUCGACGAGUCCGACAGUGAGGACACCCCGGAGGCAAAGAAAAAGUCCAAGAAGGAAAUCAAAGAGUCCAGCGACGAAUACGUCGCACGCAUCAACCAGUUUGUCCACGAAAAGCUGACCACGACCAAGCGCGCCACCUACAAGGUCACCAUGGUCAACCAUGUGCGUCGCCAGCUGAUCAAGGAGCUGGUUACCCGCAGUCGCUUCCAGACGUGCCAGAACUGCCGCGGCCCGAUCCCGAAGCUGCGCCGUGAUGGAUAUCUGAAGGUGUUCCGUGAGCCGCUGACCCGCAAGCAACAGGCGGAUCAGGUACGUAAGGGCUUCGAGUACACGGAUGUCCUGAAUAUGGAUGUUGCUGCGCUGAUGAUGAAGACCAAGGAGCUGCAGCUACAGCAGAAUAAUAAGAACCAGCACCAAGACGAUGAUGCCUCUGACGAGGAAGAAGAUGAGGAGGAAGAAGACGAGGAAGGUGACUCCGCGUACGAUGCCGUAGAUGCGCAGCCGGCCAAGUCCGGGCCAACUAUCCAGAAGGGCUCCGUCUUCAUGACAUCGAUCCACCUGCGCAACCACCUGCGGCUGUUGUUCAUUAACGAGCCGGAGCUCGCCCAGCUGCUGUUCCAGCAGCGCGACCCAAAGGUGGCUAGCGCCGUCAGCGUGCUCAGCGAAAACAUGACGCCGGAUUACACCCUGACGCUACCCAGCCAGGUGCGCAGCCCAACUGAUCUCGCCGAUAUGUUCUUCAUCGAGGCGCUCCCUGUGGCACCGACCAAGUUCCGCCCAGCAUCGGUGAUGAAUGAUGAGGUUAUGGAGAACCCGCAGAACGUUUACCUUGGCCAGAUCCUCAAGACCUGUGUCUACCUGCGCAACCUCGUCAGCAGCAAUGAUUCUGCCAAGGAGCUUGCGCAGGCUGCUGAGCAGAGCUCCGGCACGGACUUUGAGCGCGUCGUUAACACCUGGGUGCAGCUGCAGCAGGCCGUCAACAACGUUAUGGACAGCUCCAAGAACCCGACCCUGGGCAAGAACGGCAAGGCGCCUGACCCAGGUAUCCGCCAGAUCUUGGAGAAGAAGGAAGGCCUGUUCCGCCAGAACAUGAUGGGCAAGCGCGUCAACUACGCCGCACGCUCGGUUAUCUCGCCCGACCCUAACCUCGAGUCCGACGAGGUCGGCGUCCCGCCGGUGUUUGCCAAGACCCUGACGUACCCGGAGCCUGUCACGCCACACAAUGUCAAGGAGAUGCGGCAGCUGGUCAUCAACGGGCCCGAGACCUGGCCCGGCGCCGUGUCCGUGCAGCACGAGGACGGCUCGCUUGUCUACCUGGCUCAGCUUGGCCACGAGUCGCGCGUCGCCCUGGCCAACCAGCUGCUGACCCCGCAGGAGAAGCCCGCCGGCAGCGCCCUCGGCAAUGUGUUCACUAGCCGCGCCACCGGCGUCAACAAGAAGGUUCUCCGCCACCUGCGCAACGGUGACAUGGUCGUUAUGAACCGCCAGCCCACCCUGCAUCGCGCCUCAAUGGCUGGUAUGCGUGCCCACGUGCUCCCCGGCGAACGCACCCUGCGCUUCCACUACCUUAACUGCAACCAGUUCAACAGUGACUUUGACGGCGACGAGAUGAACAUGCAUUUCCCGCAAAGCGAGGCUGCACGCUCCGAGCUGCGCAACAUUAUGGGCGCCGACAUGACGUACCUCAACCCGACUGACGGCGAGCCUCUGCGCGGUCUCAUUCAGGACUCCGUCGACGGCGGCGUUAUCUUGACCCACCGCGAUACUAUGCUGACGCGCGCAGAGUACCAGGAGCUCAUCUACUGGGCGCUGCGCCCCGAGACCCAGCCGCAGCUGCCCGACGGUAAGGUGCAGCUACUGCCCCCGGCCAUCUUCAAGCCCAAGCCCAUGUGGACCGGCAAGCAGGUCAUCUCGACUCUGCUGCUUAACCUCACUUACGGCUACGCGCCGCUGAACCUGGUGUCCAAGGACAAGAUUGGCAAAAAGUACCUGACCAGCGUUGCUGAGGAGGAGGAGCGCGUGCUGAUCCUUGACGGCGAGCUGCUCGUCGGUAUCCUCGACAAGUCGCAGUUCGGUGCCUCCGCCUACGGCCUCGUGCAUUCCGUCUACGAGCUCUACUCUGCCACGCACGCUGGCCGCCUGCUGUCCACACUCGGCCGCCUGUUCCUCCGCUACCUGCAGGAGAUCGGUUUCAGUUGCCGCAUGGAAGAUUUGCUUUUCGUCAAGAAGGGCGAUGACGUGCGCAAGGAGAUCAUUAAGGGUCAAAAGGUCGGCGGUAUCGAUGCGGCGCUGGACUUUGUCGGGCUCAAGGACUACAAGGCUGCGCAAGUCGAGUCGGACAAGAAGGUUCGCCGCGAGUUCCACAACCGCAUGGAGGAGGUUCUGCGCAACGACAAUAAGCUGGCGCAGCUUGAUGGCGCCAUUAUGGGCAAAAUGAGCAAGCUCACCAGCGACGUUAUCUCAGCGUGCCUCCCCGAGCACCUGCAUCUGCCGUUCCCGCACAACAACAUGGUUGUUAUGACGGUGUCCGGAGCUAAGGGAUCCAACGUCAAUCUGUCGCAGAUCACCUGCUGCCUCGGUCAGCAGUCACUCGAGGGCCGCCGUGUGCCACUGAUGGUCAGCGGUAAGAGUUUGCCGUCGUUCGCGCCCUACGACAACGCGGGUCGUGCCGGAGGCUACGUUGCCAGUCGAUUCUUGACGGGCCUGAAGCCGCAGGAGUUCUACUUCCAUUGCAUGGCUGGUCGCGAGGGCCUUAUUGACACGGCCGUCAAGACGUCGCGCUCCGGGUACCUCCAGCGCUGCCUCAUUAAGCAUCUGGAGGGCAUCCAGGUACACUACGACUACACUGUGCGCGACUCUGACGGCUCCGUCAUCCAGUUCCAGUACGGUGAGGACGCCCUGGAUGUGCUCAAGUGCCAGCACCUGACACAGUUCGACUUUGCCGCGACAAACUACCGCGCACUCCGCGAUAAGUUUAACCCGGCGAGCGCCGCUGCCGUGCUCGACGACGAGCUCGCGCGCAAGUACGCCAAGAAGCUGAUUGGCAAGCCUGGGCAGUACGACGCGUCCAAGAUUUUCGACGAACCAAUUUCUUCGCGCUUCAACCCCAGUCGCUAUCUCGGUGCGGUUUCUGAAAAGUUCUACGUUGAGCUCGAGAGGUACCUGCAGAACAACCCGAAUAAUCUGUUGCACGAGAAGAAGAAUUCAGGCAAAUCCACAGGCAAGUCCUUGGCUGCUAAAAAGUCUCUCUAUGGCCUUCCGAACAAGAUGCUCGCUUCGGUUAGUGACACUGCUGCGCUGAUGGCUGCUGUGAGUCCGGAUUGUUCGCCGCGCAAUUUCCGCAUGCUGCAGUAUCUCAACUACCAUCAUUCGUUGAUUGAGCCUGGAGAGAGUGUCGGUUUGAUUGCCGCCCAGGGUAUUGGUGAGCCCUCGACACAGAUGACCCUGAAUACCUUCCAUUUGGCUGGAUUCGGUGCCAAGAACGUCACCCUGGGUAUCCCGCGUCUGCGUGAAAUCGUCAUGGUAGCCUCGGACAAUAUCUCGGCACCCUCCAUGGAGAUCCCCCUGGUGGACGGCGUCACCAAGGAGCACGCCGAGGUUAUCUCCAGCGCCCUCACGCGGCUCACCCUCAGUGACCUCACAGACUACGUUGAGGUCAAGGAGAGACUCACCGCCAAGCGGAACUCCCAGGACCACAAGCGCUAUCGCCAGUUCACCGUACGCCUGCAGCUGUUCCCUUCGAGCGAGUACGAGGAGCUGUAUGAUGUGAAUCAGGAUGAUAUCGAGAUUGCUAUUGAGUCGCAGUUUACGAAUAGGCUCGAAGCCCUGGUCGCCAAGGACUUGAAGCGCACCUAUCGCUCGGUCAUGUCCGAGGAUAUUGUCGAGCAGAGCGGGUCUUCGAAGUCCAAGCGUGCGACCGCUGCUGCUCAUGAUGAUGACGAGGAGGAGGUCGAGAAGAGCGACGAUCGUAUGGAUGAGUCCGAUAUUGAUUCGGACGCGGACGGGGAGGAGGAUGCUGAUGAUGCGCGGGCAGCGCGCCGUGCUGGAAACAAGUCCUACGAUGAGCCCGAUGAGGAGGACCGCGAGAUGCUCGAUGGCCUUGAUGCCGAGCUCGAGGAGCUCGACACUCAGGCGACCAAGCAGACGGCAACGUCGCGCAGCAAAUCCACCACCGCUGACGACUCCUCUUCAGGAUCUGAUAGCGAGAUGGACGUUGAUGACGAGGAAGUGGAGGACAGCGAGGAUGAGAAGCGCCUCAAGGCCAUUGCUGCGUCGCAGCGCCGCAAGCGCAUGAUCAAGAAGUACCCACAUGUUGUUGGCUACGAGUUUGAUGAUGGUGAGUCGCCGUUCAUUGAGAUUGAAAUGCAGUUCUCUGCGACUACGCCGAAAUUCCUCAUGCUCAAUUUGGCCGAGGAGGCUGUGCGCAAGACGAUUGUGCGCGAAAUUCCCGGUAUCUCCUACUGCUACUACAACAAGCCAGAGGCCACGAACGACAAAUCAGUGUCUAUCGGUACGCAGGGUAACAAUAUCCAGGGUAUCUGGGAAGCAUCCCUCCUGCCGCUUGACCACAUUGCCAACACCGAGGAGGCCACGGGCCUGGACGAGUGGAUCGAUAUUAACAAUAUGUACACCAAUGAUAUUGCCGCGAUCCUGCGCUCCUACGGUGUCGAGGCUGCGCGUAAGGCUAUUGUGCGCGAGAUCAACAAUGUCUUUGGGACGUAUACGAUUGAGAUUAACGACAGGCAUCUGGGCUUGGUCGCCGAUUACAUGACCUUUGAGGGUGGCUUCAAACCGUUUAACCGCAUUGGUCUGUCCUCUAGCCCAGCACCAUUUGCCAAGAUGAGCUUUGAAUCCACGUGCACCUUCUUGCAGGAAGCCAUGCUUUAUGGCGAUUUUGAUGACCUGAGUAACCCGUCAUCGAGGAUUGUUCUCGGCCAGCCCGUGCUUUCGGGAACUGGCGCAUUCGACGUUUUGGUUGAUCUGGCGGUGCCCACAGCAGCUUAAAAAAAUUAUCUUUUUUUUAGCAAUUUUCUUUUUUAUCUUUUGUUCAAUUUUACUUUUCUUUUUUCUUUUUCUUAACCAAAAAAAAUUGUUUUUUUGUUCCUUUAUUCUCUUCUAUUAUUUGCUUAUAAUAAUGAUUAGCUCUAUGCGUAUAUUGUCCAGGUCGUCCAGGUCGUCCAGGUCGUCAGCUCUGGUAUCAAAGUGUCUCCAACAACAGCAGAGACACCGCCUUGUUAGCGGCAAAUUCGAGCCAAUGCGUUUCUACCAGACCUCCGAAUCGCCCUCACAAUGGACAACCAAGCUGGUCUACGAAGGAUCACUGACCAAGGCGGCCAAAGUAAUGAAACUCGCCUCCGUCGCAUCC